CACACACACUCUCUCUCUCUCUCUCUCUCUCUCUCUCUCACAGUCCACCUUUCUUCUUCUCUCUCUCAAUUGAUUAAAAUCUGAAGGCUUUAGGGUGUUAAGCGGCGACCAAGCUUCUGUACGGCAACUCCUGCACAACGAGGAUCGCGAUAUCUAAUAAUGGAUUCGUCUGACGAAGAGGGACAGAUUCUACCUGACUACGUUGAUAACUACUCUUUCGUUGAUCAAACCGACAUCCCUGUCAAGUUUUGUCUUCUUCCGGCAAAAUGGGAUGACGACGAUGAGGAGGAAGACGAAGAUCCCGCUGGUAGCUCUAGAUGGACUGUGUAUCUGCGUGGCAGCAGCAGUGAUUGUGGUGGAAACGAGUCUGUUCGUAAGCUCGCCAAAGCGUGGAAGUUUGAUAUGUCUGAGGAUGAACGUCUCAAGAUCCAAGUGCUUCUACAUGGGAUGCGCUGGAUAACUCUACUGAAACCAGCAAAGAGUUAUGAGGGUUUAGUUAGAACAGCUCUGGUAACGCUUCAGUGUCUUCACUUUGCUAAAAGGAAUCCUGAGGCUUCAAGCGACCUUGUGUGGAGAAGUUUGGACAAAGUGGAUGGGAUCCAACCUUCAGAGCAUGACUUGUCUGAUCAUGUUAAUUUGGUGUGUCGAGCUAUGAAAAUGGAUGAGGAUUUAACAAAAUCAAAGUGUUUGCGUAGGUUUCUCCAGAAAACUUCACAAACAACACCUACCGAAGUGGAACUUCCAACGCAACAUCAAGAAGAUGCUCAGUCACCAAAGGAACAUAAUUUCCUUGUUGAUGAUAUGCUAGACGAGGAAAACAGCAGCGAUGAUGGUUUUGAGACGAACUUGCAGUUUGAUACAGUCUGCUCUAUUUGCGACAAUGGUGGUUAUAUUCUGUGUUGUGAAGGAAGCUGCUUGAGAGCUUUCCACCCAACCAUAGCUGAUGGAGUUGAUACAUCGUGUGAAUCACUAGGCUUCCCAUCAGGGACUCAAGUUCAUGCACUUAGAGAAUAUUUCUGUAACAACUGUCUGUACAAACAACACCAGUGCUUUGCUUGUGGCCAAUUGGGAUCAUCUGAUGAAAAUUUCUCUCAAGAGGUCUUCCCUUGUUCUGCCUCAAAUUGCGGUCAUUUCUAUCAUCCAACAUGUGUUGCAAAGCUUCUCCACGAUGGUGAUCAAAUCAAAACGGAAGAACUUCAAGCCAAAAUUUCUGCUAAAGAUCCUUUUUUCUGUCCUCUACACAUAUGCAAAGUCUGUAAGACAAGUGAAAACAAAAAUCUAUUUGCGUUGCAUUUUGCUGUAUGCAGACGUUGUCCAACUGCUUAUCACAGAAAAUGUUUACCUAGAGAGAUUACUUCUGAACUCAACUGUGACGAGAUAACACCUCAGAGAACCUGGGAACAACUGCUUCCAUACAAUCGCAUUCUGAUAUACUGUUUGAACCAUGAACUAGUAGGGAAUCUUGCUACUCCAGCUAGAGACCACUUAGUUUUUCCUGAUGUAUCUGGCCCAAGAAGAACACUAAGGAACGGUCUUGAACCUGUGAAAGAGGAUGUUCCGAGCAUGGUGACGGGUUCUAAGUAUCAUGAAGGCAUCAAUAAAUCUAGGAAACCAAGGAUGAAUUUUAGUGUCAAUGACUAUCUUAAUAAACGGAGGAUUGAGAGCAGUGGGAAAACAGUGUCCAAAGAAGAAGGUCCUCCUGAUUUUGCCGAUCCUAACGAUGUAGACCACGAGGAUGUAGAAUCAAGGGUGCUAUCUAUAAUUGAUGAAGUGGAGUCUUCGUUUAGUUUUGAAGAGUUUGUCAAGUCUCGUGGGGAAUCUCAUGCACAAUGCUACAACUCAAGAAAUGAUAUCGGCAAGAACAUCACAACAGGACUAGUUGAAACUCAUGCCAAUGCCGCUCGAGCUGCGUUAAAGAUGUUUAAAGCAGGGCGCGGCGAAGCUGCCAGAGCUAUAUUUGAUCCAGAUCUCCUAGUCCAGCUCAUGAAGCAUAAGACGAAGCUUGAAAUUUAUCUUUCCCCUUUUCUCCAUGGUAUGCGUUACACAUCGUUUGGUCGUCACUUCACAAAGCUAGGGAAGCUUAAAGAGAUAGUAGAGAGGCUCCACCAUUACGUGCAAAAUGGAGAUACAAUAGUAGACUUCUGCUGUGGCUCUAACGACUUCAGUUGUUUGAUGAAAGAAAAGCUUGAGAAAACGGGGAAGUCUUGCUUCUUCAAGAACUUUGAUCUCAUUCUACCUAAGAAUACUUUCAACUUUGAGAAGAGAGAUUGGAUGAGUGUGAAGAAAGAAGAGUUACCCGACGGCUCUCGACUGAUAAUGGGAUUGAACCCGCCUUUCGGUUUCAAAUCCAGUCUUGCUAACACUUUCAUCAUGAAGGCUCUCGAGUUUAAACCGAAGAUUCUGAUCCUCAUCGUACCAAGUGAAACAAAAAGGGUCGAUGUCAUAGCUGAGUAUGAUUUGAUUUGGGAGGACGCGAAUCUACUUGCAGGAAAGUCUUUCUAUUUGCCCGGGUCCAUAGAUGUGCAUAACAAAACGAUAGAGCAGUGGAACAAUAUACCUCCACCUCUGUACCUUUGGAGUCGAAAGGACUGGGGUUGGGACCACAAGGCUAUAGCGCUUCAACAGGGUCACAUAAAACACAUGUAUCACUCAACUUACACAGUGGGUCUCCACCAUGCAGAGCUUCCUCGAGAUGAUAGUAUGGUACAAGACAUGGAGAUAUCUCCUCUUGAUUAAAAUUAUCGGUGUAAAAGAGGGAAACAUCACCACCCCAAUAUCCAAAUCUUUAUUAUGAGCACGUGGAUUCAUAUCGGUAACACUAAGGGACCUUAAGAGACAACGGUUUGAUUUAGUAUUAUCACCCCUUGUCUUGGGAGUCUUCUUCCUUGUUACUACUACCGUUGGAAAAACUUCAAUCUAAGAAACCAAAGUUUUAGGAUUA